CUUGGUCUGCACCGGGACACAUUGUGUGGAAGAAAAGUGUAGUGGAGAGGGGAAGUAUAUAUGGGAGAUAUCAACGUUCAGGGUAAAGAAAAGAAACAAAAGUAGAAAAGUUCGAAGAAAUGAAUCACAAUCGACGACUUCGAAAUAGUUUAAAUAAUAGAAAUGGUAAUCGCAAUUCGCUAGGAACGAAGAAGAGUCAUCGGCCGGACGAGAAGAAAAAGAGGGUCGAGUUUAAAAAAGGCGGGCGGUCUGAGUGCGGCAAAUGCGAAAAUUUCAGCGCCGUGUGGGGAGUUGACAAUCCUGCGCUUCAGCUUAGUGAGUCAUUGCUUUCUAUUGUAAGGCUAUUAGUUAUAUUCUUGGGCUUAAUUCCUACCAUUACAAAGUACUUGAUUCCUCUAUUGCUACUAUACUUGCUCAUUAUUUCCGAACAGUGCGAUUCUAUCGUGCCAUGUGACGCACGUGAUCUUCAUCUGAAAAUGUAUUGCCACUUAAAAUGCCCUCAACCCCCACAUCGUUGAUCUUCUAUCCUCUUUCUUUAUGAAAUACCGUCCUAAUGUAGCACCCUCAUUCGAACAACCGAAAAAGAUGACCGACAUCGGCCUCGGAGUUGCUUAUAGACCAAAAACGUCCACCGCGGGACGAACGCAGCACUUUUGCUGUUUUGG